AUGGCGCCGGGACGCGACGACGGGGUGGCGGACGCGUGGCGCGAGUGGCUCGACGCUUCCCUCGCGAAGUGGGAGGACGCGAGCCUCCUGCGGAAAUUCCGCCCCGUCGAGCCAACAAGCAGCGCGGUGGUGGUCCAGAUCAGCCACGACGUCCGCGACGAGUGGCUCGCCGACGCCGGAGGCGGCACGUGCGGCGCGCCGGGAUGCACGCAACGGACGACGCACGCCCACGGCGCGGCGCUGGACGCGCUGUCCGCGGUAGCCCCCGGCGGGGCCACCCCUUGCACGCGUAGCGGCGUGUCGGCGGCGCCCCGUCCAGAGCAGGCGUCGAACCUCGUGCUGUUCAGCUCGAACGACUACCUCGGGCUAUCCUCUCACGAGGGCGUCCGCAGCGCCGUCGCUUCGUCCGCUGCCCGGCACGGCAUGGGCCCUCGCUCGAGCGCCAUCGUUGCCGGGUACACCGCGGAGCACCGCAUGCUGGAACGCGCGCUGGCGGACCUCAAAGGCACCGAGGACUGCGUUCUCUGUCCGACGGGCUUCGCGGCGAACCUCGCCGCGAUCGGCGCGCUCCUCGCGCGCACGGACGGCAGCGGGGGGCGCGUGGCGGUGUUCAGUGACGAGCUGAAUCACGCAAGCAUCAUCGACGCGGUGCGGCUGGCGCGGACGCCCGCCACGGACGUGCACGUGUACCGGCACAACGAUACGGCGCACCUGGACGCGCUCCUGUCCGCGAGCGACGCAGAUAGGAAGUUGGUGGUCACCGACAGUCUCUUUAGCAUGGAUGGCGACUUCGCGGACCUGCGAGGACUCGCGCGGCUGCGCAGGAAGCACGGGUUCAUGCUCCUCCUCGACGAGGCCCACGCUACGCUGGUGUGCGGCGAGCGUGGCGGCGGCGCGGCGGAGAUGAUGGGCGUCGAGCGCGACGUCGACGUGCACGUGGGCACCCUGAGUAAGGCCUUUGGGUCCCAGGGGGGGUUCGUGGCCUGCAGCGCGGCCCUCAAGACCUGGAUCGCCAACCGUGGACGGGCCUUCGUGUACUCCACGGCGCUGCCGCUGCCCGCCGUCGUCGCCGCCGCUGCAGCGCUGCAGGCGUCCAAGGAGGAGCCGUGGCGGCGGACGCACGUGUGGAGCCUCGCGCGGCACGUGGGGGGUGUUCUCGGCGUCCGGGCAGACUCCCCCAUCAUCGCUGUCGUCGUGGGCGACGAGAAGAAGGCGAUGGCGCUGAGCGCGCGGCUGCUCGCGCAGGGGAUGUACGUGCCCGCGAUCCGGCCCCCCACGGUCCCAGCAGGGACGAGCAGGCUGCGGAUUAGUCUGUCGGCGGCGCACACUACCAGUCAGGUCGACGCGCUGCUGGCGGCGAUUCAAGCGGGCAUGCGGGACGCCGACGUGUCGCCAGUGCGACUCGAGGUGGCGCAGAGCGUCAACCGCACCCUCACGGUGGCUCGCAGCAAGCUCUAG